AGUCGCCUACUGAGUCGAAAGUACUACAGUACUAAUCCAUUGUGCCUGGUUGGUUUCUGCAACUUGCACAGAUAUUCCCAGAAUCCCCUGCAUCACGGCCGCCAGUGGUGAUAAACCAAAUCAACAUGGCUACCUCUAUGUAUCAACACGCUAGGCAUUACUCGCCCGUACACAGCCUUCGAAGCCAAUGGGCUUGUAGGCUACAAAUGCCUACAAGCAGCCGACGUUUCUUCACCACCUGCCAACCACUACAUGGCUCAUAUGCAGACACUCUGCCGUUUCUUCGGAUCAACAGCAACACGCGCGUGAUUUUUCAGGGCUUUACAGGAAAACAGGCCACAGCAAAUGCUAAGGACUCUUUAGCAUGGGGGACCAAGAUAGUCGGUGGUGUGAUCCCGGGCCGCACCGGAGAGCAUCUCGGCCUUCCCGUGCUACCUUCCGUACGCCAGGCCAUGGAGCAUCUCAAGCCGGACGCAACAGGCAUCUAUGUUGCCGCCCAUCAGGCCCCCGGGGCUAUCGAAGAGGCCAUCGAAGCCGAAGUACCACUUAUAGUCGCUGUCGCCGAGCAUAUUCCAGUUCACGACAUGCUCAGAAUCCACUCCAUGCUCAAGACUCAGUCCAAGUCUAGACUUGUCGGUCCUAACUCUCCCGGCAUCAUUUCGGCUGUAGGGAAGUGUCGAGUAGCUGUUGCAUCAACCACCAGGGCCGGGCUUGGACAGAGUCUGUGCAUAGGCGUGGGCGGCGACAUGGUACCUGGAACGGACAUGGUAGAAGCGUUGAGUGUCCUUGAGAAAGAUCCAGACACUGAAGCCAUCGCUUUGAUUGGUGAGAUCGGUGGAAUGGGAGAGCUCGAGGCUGCAGCUUGGAUCAAAGAAUACUACUCUCGUAGUAAAUCUCCCAAGCCGAUUAUUGGUCUUAUAGCCGGCGUAAAUGAGGCACCGGGCCGCAUAAUGGGGCAUGCCGGUGCUUUUACGUUCCUUGGAGAACCUACUGCAAAGGCGAAGAUCGCAGCACUCGAGGAAGCUGGUGUGACCCUGGUUAAUCACCCAGCCAAAAUAGGCGAUACUCUAAAGACAAAGUUGCGAGAAGGCACAACUGGGUCCGGCACGACGAGCAGAUCCCAACCUUUCGCGACUGGCAUGCAAAGGCGUCAGCUUCACUUUAUGAGAGGACCCGGACGGCGUUCUCCCGCGGCCAGUCUAUCUGUCCAUAACAAGCAGCAGUAUCAACAACGACGGAGUAUAUAUCUCGAUGUAAACCAAUGCUUUGAUGAGCUCCGCGCCCGCGGCGGGAUAAACUGCGGCCCCUAUUCCGGCCAUGGUACCCGCCGCCUUCUAGCCGUCGGCAUCGAUCGCUCAGCACGAUCUCCUGCCAUCCUGGUCGCCCCUUCUAUCGAAGACUGGAUGGAAGGGGCCCAGCGCACCUCCGCGCCGGUCAAGAGCUUUCCGUUCGACUACCGCCGGGGACCCGACGAACUGGCCAUCGAACGGCUCGCGAGCUACCUCCAGCUGAGCAACAAGGGAGACAGCGCGGUCGACUCACUCCGGCGGCUCAUCGAGACCUUGACCACUCUGUUCUAUGAAAAGGAGGGACUCCUCCUGACGACGCACAUCGUCGAGCGACUCAGAGAAAUAAAAUUCGUUCACGCCCGCUUUGCCUUCGAUCAAGCCACCUUCCGCAACGGCACGCCUCCGGACAAGAUCAAGGCUAUGUAUGUCCGCGCUACCGAUGAGCCGGCCGAGGUCAAGGCGGAACGGAGCGGCAUCGUGUACAUCAAGCUGCCCGGGGAGGACGCGACCAUCGGGACGCUGGUGAACGGGGCCGGGCUGGCCAUGAACACGGUCGACGCUCUUGCGGACGCGGGCGGGAAGGCGGCCAACUUCUUGGACACAGGCGGCAAAGCUACGAGUGAGACGGUGAAAGAAAGCUUUAUGAUCAUAUUGCAGGACCCGCGCGUGCGUGUGGUAUUUGUGAAUAUCUUUGGAGGACUGACGCGGGGUGAUAUGAUUGCCCACGGCAUCAUUAUGGCCUUUAAGGAGCUGUCGCUUACGGUUCCGGUUGUGGUGAGAAUCAGGGGUACGAACGAGACGGAGGGACAGAAGAUCAUUGCGGAUAGUCAGCUGCCGCUUUAUGCGUUUGAUGAUUUUGAGGUGGCGGCGGCCAAGGCGAUCGAGUUGUCUCGCAAGUAGAUUGAUAGUUUUUGCGGGUGAUUGUUCAAAACGUUGCCAGAUGAUGUCAAGCAAAAAUGAGGC